AUGGGGAUCCAGCGACUCAGCCUGCUCUGUGUGGUCCUGGCCAGCCUCCUGUUCCCUGGAGGAAGUGUGUUUAUCAACCGGGAACGUGCCAGCAACGUCCUCUCGAGGACUCGGAGGGCAAACUCCAUUUUUGAAGAGAUGAAGAAAGGAAAUCUGGAAAGAGAGUGUAUGGAAGAAAUUUGUUCUUAUGAAGAGGCCCGAGAAGUCUUUGAGGAUGAUAAGAUGACGAAUGAAUUCUGGAACAAAUACAAAGACGGUGACCAGUGUGAAAGCAGCCCUUGCCAGAAUGAAGGCAAGUGUCGUGACGGCCUCGGGGAGUACACGUGCACCUGCUUGGAGGGAUAUGAAGGCAAAAACUGUGAAUUAUUGGUUCGGAAACUCUGCAGCCUAGACAACGGAGACUGUGACCAGUUCUGCAGUGAAGAGCAGAACUCGGUGGUGUGCUCCUGCGCCAGCGGCUACUUCCUGGGUGACGACGGCAAGUCCUGCAUCUCCACAGUUUCCUUCCCCUGUGGGAAAACCACGAUAGGGCGUAAGAAGAGGGCCGUGGCCCAGAACACCAGCGACAGUGAGCCUGUCACUGAAGACUUCAUGCAGGACUUGGAUGUGCUGUUCCCUACGAAGAGUCCUUCUGAGCUGCUCAACCUCAAUGAGACACAACCCACAAAGGACAGCAAAAACCUUAUUCGGAUUGUGGGUGGCCGAGCAUGCGGUGACGGAGAGUGUCCCUGGCAGGCUCUGCUCAUCAAUGAAAACAAUGAGGGGUUCUGUGGCGGCACCAUCUUGAACGAGUUCUACAUCCUCACGGCAGCCCACUGUCUGCACCAAGCCAAGCGAUUCACGGUGAGGGUAGGUGACCGGAACACAGAGAAGGAGGAAGGCAAUGAGAUGUCGCACGAGGUAGAUGUGGUUAUAAAGCACAACAAGUUCGUGAGGGAGACCUACGACUUCGACAUCGCGGUGCUCAAGCUGAAGACGCCCAUCACGUUCCGCAUGAACGUGGCCCCCGCCUGCCUGCCUCAGAAGGACUGGGCCGAGGCCACCCUGAUGACACAGAAGUCAGGCAUCGUGAGUGGGUUCGGACGCACGCACGAGAAGGGCCGCCAGUCGAACAUCUUGAAGAUGCUGGAGGUGCCCUACGUGGACCGCAACACCUGCAAGCUCUCCAGCAGCUUCAGCAUCACACAGAACAUGUUCUGUGCCGGCUAUGACGCCAAGCUGGAAGAUGCCUGCCAGGGGGACAGCGGGGGCCCCCACGUCACCCGGUUCAAGGACACCUACUUUGUGACUGGCAUCGUGAGCUGGGGAGAAGGGUGUGCGAGGAAAGGGAAGUACGGGGUCUACACGAAGGUCACGGCCUUCCUCAGGUGGAUAGACAAGUCCAUGAAAGCCAGGGUGGUGCCCACACCUGAGAGCCCAAGGUCAAGUCCUUCAAGCCCUCCCCAUUAAAGCCGUCGUUCUCCAGA